UUGUUCUGUUUUGUUUUUAUGAUUGAAUAUGGUUCGAUUAUUUUCAAUCUCGUUAGAUUCAUGCUUUUUGUUGCUCUCAAUACUUACUGUUUUGUUUAAUUUUUUAUUAUGUUGAUUUAUUUUUUCAAUUAUUAUCUUUAUUGUAAUUGGUAUUUUGAUUUGGAGGACAAGCUUUGGUUGUAAGGUAGGGGUGCACCUUCGUGAAUGUAAGGUCAUUGGUUCAAGCAGUUGAAAUCGCCUCUUUGCAGGGCAUGAAAUAAGUUUCGCACAAAAACUACCCUACCCUCUAAUAGCUUGUUAGUUCAUUUUAUUCCUUGAUUGGCCUUACUGGUGUUGACUUGAGGUGUACUUUUGGUUAAUAAUUUUGAUUGACGGUAAAGAUUGAUUUGUAUAAUGCUUUAUGUCUUAGAUUUCUUAGUUUUAUAUCAAUUUUUUAUUUUCUUCCUAGCUAUAUUUGUUAAUUUUUUCAGAGUGACAUUUGUAUUUAUGAUUUAAUAUCGUCUAAUUGUUUUAUAUGUUGUUAGAUCCAUGCUUUUUGUUUACUCUGCAUACUUGAUGCUUUGCUUACUCUUUUUUUGUUUUUGUUUUGAUAUGUUGGCAUAGAUUGGAAUACAGCAACACAAUGGUUUCUCUUUUGUGAAAGGAAGGAUUUGGGUUUGUGUUUUGGAAACAUCAUCUUUAUAAACCUAGGCAAAGGCUUUGCCCAUAAAUAUUUCACCCGUAACUCUUAAAAAGUGGGAAAUCUCGUGCACUAAGGAUGCCCUUUAUUAUUUUGUUGAUUUAUUUUUUGCAUAACUUUCUUUAUUCAAUUUUAAAUGUAUUUUCUAAUAAAUUUACUGUUAUUAGUACGUUGGUUUAGUGGGUGGGUGCUUAUUCUUUUGUUAAUGGAAAGUCACAGAUUCCUGUAGUUGAAAUAGGAUAUUUGCAAGGCAUCAAAGAAAAUUUUGUAAAAAAAAUAACCUGUCCUCGACAUGCACAAAAUGAGAAAACCACGUGCAUUGAGGGCUGCCAUUUAUUAGUUUUUUAGGUUAUUUUUUCUUUUUUGGCCUUAUCAAUGUUAACUUAAGGUAUAUUUUUUAUUCACCAUCUUUAUUGACUAUAUAGAUUGAUUUUUGCAAUGCUUUGUGUCUCAGAUUUUUUGGUUUUACUUAAUUGCUUGAUUUUGUUUCUACCUUAGUUGUUAAUUUUUUCUUAGCGAUUCUUUUUUUUUUUUUUUGGCUUUUAUGGUUGAAUAUCAUCUGAUUAUUUUUUUAUCUUUUUGGAUUCAUGCUUUUCCAUUACUCUCCUUGAUUCUUUUUUUUAUUAACAUAGAUAUGUUGGUUUAUUUUCCUUUAACUAUCUUUAUUGGUUUUGAAAUACAUUCUUUUACUUUUUAUUAUUAUUUGUAUCUUGCUUUACUGGUUGUGCUUUGGUCCCAAUGUAAAAAGUCAGAACCUCAUGCACCAAAGAUACUAUCUAUUAUUAUGUUGAUUUAUUUUUUUCCAUAAGUGUUUUUAUUUGUUUUAAAUGCACUUUUUUAUUUUAUUUUAUUAUUGUUAGUAUGUUGGUUUGGUGGGCAAGCCUUGGUACGAUUGUUCCUUUUGCGAAUGGAAGGACAAUUCCGUGCAAAAACAAUCCUCCAUCAACCCAUCACAAUGUGGAAAAAUGAGUGAAGAAAGGAUGACCCUUUAUUAUUAGUUUGUAAGUUUAUUUUCUUCUUAUUAGUGUUUACUUGAAGUGUACUUUUGGCUAACCAUUUUGAUUGACUAUAAAAAUUGAUAGUGUUUAUAUGUUGUCCAAGGGACUUAAAACAAUUCAGCUUUUGGAGGAAAUGAUGUAUCUUCGUAGGCGAGAACUGGCCAAGGAGGUAGUCGAAUUGUUGACAGCCGCUGCAGGUGGAGCUAAAUCUUUGAUUGAUGCCGGCGACCGACUAAUAUUAUAUGUUGAAAUAGCCCGUCUUUUUAGAAAUUUAGGAUAUCACCGGAAAGCUACCUUUUUCUCAAGGCAAGUAGCACAGCUGUACUUCCAACAAGAAAAUAGAGAGGCUGCUACUAGGGCCAUGCAAGUGUUGGCAAUGAUGACAGAAGCAUAUCGUGUUCAAAGCAGAGCAUCUAUUCCUAAAAGUUCUCAUCCAAAAUGGAGCACAUUGCAGAUGGUUGUGCUAAGAGAGAUCCUGCUAUCUGCUGUCCGAGCUGGAGAUCCUCUUGCUGCAUGGAGUGCAACUGCACGACUUCUUCGAUCCUACUAUCCUCUAAUUACUCCAGCUGGACAAAAUGGUCUUGCAAGUGCACUUGCAAAUUCUGCAGAAAGGCUUCCUUAGGAACUCGCUAUGCUGAUCCUUCCUUACCUUUUAUCAGAGAGAUCUUGCUGAACUGAGGGGUGCCUAGACUAGUCCAAUCAAUAACACACAGCGUAUUAUUAUUAUUGCAAGUUAUGUAAACAAGCUCAAAAAUUGGAGACAUGGACAUAGGCUCGAUGCUUGGGGGGACAACUCAUGGAGCCGCUCACUUGCUCAAGCUAAGCUGAAGGACUUGAUAGCUUAGAGUGAUACAAGCACUCACAAUUGGAAGUAAGAAUGUUAUUUUUAAAAUUCUCUGAGAACAUUUAGAGGUUUUAGAAAUAGGAGAGCCACGUUAUAUAAUUGUUCAUGAGCUACGCAGCCCUCUAACUGUUAUUUCUUGAUGUUUCUUUUCUUAUGUGGUCUUCCCAUUAGACUAUGGUUUUUGUCUCUAUGUGUGUGUGUGUGUGUACCUUUCCCUAAAGCUUUUUCUUCUUGCUCCCCAUGCCCAAUUUUAUGUGCAAAAUCAGAUAAAGAUAAAUAUUCAUAGAAUUGAAACAAAAUGAUAGUACUGAAAAGCUCUGCUCCUGAAACAGUCCCAUCUCAGAAAUUCCUAAAUCGUGUUACAAACAACUUUUUCUGAAACCUUGAAACAUUUU